GUGUUUUACGCAAAGCUUUUUCUUCACUUUCUCACCUGUCUUCAAAAGACUUUUACGCCAGUCUAGUGACAUCCGCGUACGAUCUGUUUUCAAGUUUGUUUAAAGUCGUCGACAUCAACAUCAAGACAUGGAUAACAGCCCUGGUGGUGGAGGUGGUGGAGUCAUCCUGUACGCAGGCUCCUCUGGCAGUGCCAGCCCCAGCCCCGGCAGCCCCUCCAGCGGGUACCAGACACAGUCGCCCUCCUCACAUUCCCAGCCCUCGUCCCCAGAGGAGGUUACCUUUACCGAGAUUGGGCCACUGAAGCAGAAGGCAGCUGGGGCAACCACCCCAUCCUCCAAACUGGUAUUCCAGUUCCCAGAGGUCUACAGCGGCCCCUCGGUAGCAGCCACUCCACAGCACACCUAUGCACACCCCAUUGCGGGAAAAAGGCCGUGCGGGUUUGCAGGAACUUUCACCAAGACAGGUGGAAUGGUUCUGCUUUGCAAAGUGUGUGGGGACAUUGCAUCUGGUUUCCACUAUGGAGUGCAUGCAUGUGAAGGUUGCAAGGGCUUUUUCCGCCGCAGCAUCCAGCAGAACAUCAACUACAAGAUGUGCGUGAAGAAUGAGAACUGUCUGAUCAUGCGCAUGAACCGAAACCGAUGCCAGCACUGCCGUUUCAAGAAAUGCCUCUCUGUCGGCAUGUCAAGAGAUGCUGUGCGUUUUGGCCGCAUCCCUAAGAGAGAGAAGCAGCGACUUCUGGAUGAGAUGCAGAGCUACAUGAACAGCCUAAAUGAGUCAGCUGCCAUGGACAUGGACCCUUCUGUGAGGGAUGCUCCCCCCAGCCCCGAAGAUGGCACCUCAAAAGAGGCCAUUGGGGCCAUCUCCAGAGCCUACCGUGACAUCUUCACCAGCAGCAACAGCAGCAGCCAGGAUAAAGUAGCCAAGAGGGCGAACAUCACCACCACCAACAACAACAAUACGUGUCCCUUUUCUCAGGAUGCCAGUUUUCCCCAAGUUUCAUCUCACCCCAUCUCUGCCCAGAGUUAUCAGUCUUGCCCUGCUGCCCCUGCCACACUAUGCCCAGCGGCCCCUAAUGACAACCAACCUACAUUCCACAAUGUGGACAACAAUCGCUACACCUACUUAGUGUCAACUAAUCAGAACCAUGACCCAUCUAACAGCACAACACCUCAGAGGGGCAGCUCUGCCAAUAAUAACAGGUUUCGUAAUGCAGGAAGUGCCACAAAUCAGCCCUCCUGCCCAUGGAAAUUAGCUCCAGGAGCUAAAGUACUGGCCUGUCCUCUCAAUGCGUGCCCUGUAUCAGGGGCAGAGCGUACCAGUCAGGAGAUUUGGGAAUCCUUCUCUCAGUGUUUCACUCCUGCCGUCAAGGAGGUGGUAGAGUUUGCCAAGGGCAUCCCAGGAUUUCAAGGGCUUAGCCAACAAGACCAGGUCAUGCUGCUCAAAUCAGGCACUUUCCAGGUUCUAAUGGUGAGGUUCUGCACUUUGUUCAAUGCUGGGGAGCGCACGGUGACCUUCCUAAAUGGCCAAACUUACCCUCUGUCUACCCUGCGGGCUUUGGGCAUGGGCUCCCUGCUGGAUGCAAUGUUUGAGUUCAGUGAGAAGUUGGGCUCCCUGGGACUAGAGCCUGAUGAAAUGGCUCUCUUCAUGGCUGUGGUGCUGGUCUCUGCAGACCGUUCUGGCAUCUCAGACAUGUGGGCUGUGGAGCAACUCCAGGAGGGUCUGAUUCGCGCCCUACGGUCACUCAUCACCCGACGUCGUCCAGAUGACACCGCCCUCUUCCCGAAACUCCUCCUGCGCCUGCCGGACCUGCGCACCCUCAACAAUCUGCACUCAGACAAACUGUUGGCCUUUCGCAUCGACCCUUGAGCGGGCCACUUGUUCACAGAGCACACAAGACUGUUUCACACAAACAUAUACAGUACACCACACGCACGCAUACACACACAUAUUAUCUUCCAAGGGCACGACUUCCUUCAAACUUGAGGAACAUUUUGCAAUCUGAGGAGUGUUUUUCAAAAGGAUAAAUGAGGGCAGUGGUGAAUAUAUUUUUGAUUCACCAUUGAUCUUCAUGCAAUCUGUUGGGACAAAUAAACAUGCACAUACAAAGUCAUGUAUACACAUAAACCUCAUCACCUCUUGAAAGACAUUGUUCCAGUAAAAAAAUAAAAAUAAUAAUUGUAUAGAGUUACUAUUACCCUUUUGGACAGAUCAUUUUGUGCGUUUGCUCAUUAUAUCCAGUGUAUUUAAGAAUAAAAGCCAGUUCACUUCUGUUUAUUCCUCAAGUCGUACAGUAUCAACAGGUCAUCACUAAGCAGCAGCUGAAAGACGGAUAUCAUAGAUCUAAACAGUUAUUACUUAGGGACCAUUAGUAAUGAUUGACUCUGUGUCAGUUUGUGUUUAAGAGAAAGGGAACCUGUACAUAAUACAUAGAGAAAUCUAAAGUAUUAAGGUAAUUGUGUAUCACUGUUUCACAAACAUGCCACCUGCAUUACCACUGGAAUGAGACCACUAAUUUGAUGUGUCACUUGCACACAAUGGGGUGCAUUCUGUCUCUUGCUAUUUUUGACUAAUCUUCCAGAUUUCAUUUGGCACACCUUGGAUUUGAAUAUGCCAACUUCAUUAGUCAAUGGCAUUUUAUAUGAUUUCACAAAAACAUUGUGUCUGCGUAUAUUGUAUCACCUCUGGAGAUAUAGAGAUGCUCCAUGCAUGUUGGGUUUUUGUUGUUCCUUUGUUGCUGUAAAUAUUGUUUUACCCCAAUGUCUAUGUAUCAAUGACUGAAAUGAUAUAUAUAAUGGAUCGGACAGAUGAGUUCGGUGUAAAGAAGAAUGUACUGACCUUCCUGUACUAGGUGGGGGUUUGGCUAUGCCAGGGGGGCUCUUCAUGGGAGAUUAUGUAGUAGCGAUUCUCAGAUGCUUUAGACACACUUCCUGCGAUGUAACCAACCAGCAUAAUCCCUGAAAUCACCAGCACUCACUCCACAUGCACCCUUCCUCUGCCCCCCAAUGUUUGUCAUACAAACACAAGAGAUAUUUUUGGGUGAGAGAUCGUAUUUGAUUGGUCUUCUCACUGUUUGCUUGUUUGAUUAUGGCUGAUUGAGCACAUCUUGUACAUUUUGUAAAUCUUUCUUCCUAAAUAGAAAUGAUAUAAUGAUAUAAAGUUCGAAUUAUGUUA